CUAAAAAUUACAGAGAACAACAGUAUAACAGCUACACUGAACGCCAAUUAAACAGCACAUAAAACAGCUCGUUACCAAGAUUCAACAACAGAACCAAAUUGUAUACAUUUAUUUUGAUAACUUAAUGAAGCCGAACAUUUUAUCCUAGACUGUUAUUCUUCCGAUUUUACCUAAACGCCUUCCAAAUUUCGAAGGACGUUUAACUUUGGGUGGCGCUGCUAAAGUUUUCUCGUUGCGUCCUCUGUACAUAAAGAGAAGGGAGGAGGAUGACAAAUCUGCAUAGCGUUGCAGUGUACAUUGCCAUAAUACUUCCCUUUUCGUUUUACUAUUUUCUGUGGAUGUAUCCGAAACGAUGGGUUCAAUGCUGCGGUAGCACUAUCGAUCCAUCUCAUCGCAUGGCCCAAAUCUCCCAUGUACUCAAGCUCAUACAGAUUUUAGCCGUGCUUUCAGUCUCAAAUCUUCGCUGGCCGCCAUUCUACUCCAUUCUCUUGAUUAUUAGCGGCCAAUAUCUUAACUUCAAGGUGUAUCAACUUCUUGGAGAAAGUGGCACGUAUUAUGGAGUGAGGUUUGGGAAUAAUAUACCUUGGGUUACGGAUUUUCCAUUUGGGUACAUAAAGGAUCCCCAAUAUACUGGGUGCAUUCUAAGUGUCCUUGGUUGCCUUUGUUGGGUGCCUUGGCAAUUUGGUUUCCUUUGGAUAGUUGGAUAUUUGCUUAUGAUGACAGUGGAAUCUAGCGAAGAUUUGUCUACUCGUGCUGAAGUUGCCAGCAGAUAAGACACUUGCCAGGUUCAGUUCAAUUUUGGUGAUGUUGGAACAAGUACGCUGUGCCUUUUGGACUCUGUUCUCAACUGUUGUGUGCAACUUACAAGCACAGGUUCCCAUCAGGAAAAAUCCAUUUAAGAGAAUUCUAGUAGAAUCAAGUUGUGAAAUGCUGACUUCUCAAAUUAUGAUCAACUUGUGCUACUGACAGAAUUUUGUGGAGAGUAUGUGUUAACCACACUCGAGUCUGUCAACUAUAGUUUCAGUAUUCAUUUAUUGACCUUUUUUAAGGCAGAUUUUAAGUGCAAAAACUUACAACCAUUUGCUUGCCUCUAUGCUUAAGCUCAACUGACUUGCAAUAAUUAUCUCAUUGAUGAUAGAAACUGGGGCUCUCCUAAUAUUUAGGUGUAAUAUUAUUGGAAAAUAUGUUCAAUGGGUUGGUAUUUUGGUAGACGCUAAUGCAAAAUAUGUUUCUAAUGGUAAGCACUAAAGAUGUAUAAUAAUGGCAAUUUUACCUUAAUAGCAACAGACGAAAUGUACCGAAAUAUUUAAUGUGUGACAAUUCAUCCAAAUAAUCAGAUCUGCAUGUCAAAGUUGAGAA